UUCUCUUCUCUCCUACAACCCUCCGCCUGAGAAGACAGGCCAACACACACCUCCUCUUUUAUUACUCCAUCAUGAUGAGCUUUUCACAUAGGACCACGAUGGGUGGUGGCCUUGGAAUGGGGCGAUCAUCCUAUGGCAGAGGCAUGAGUUCAUUCAGCAUGCCAGGAGGACCAAUAGGUGGUGGUGUUAGGGUCUCCCAGGCCAGCAGGACCUUCUCUGCAGGCGGCGGCGGCGGCGGUGGCUAUGGCUUUGGUGGAGGUUUUGCCUCUGGUGGUGGUGGAGGUGGAGGUUUUGGCGCAGGUGGUGGUGGAAGUUUUGGCUUCGGGGGAGGUGUCGGUGGUGGUGCAGGCUUCGGGGGAGAUGACAGCCUCAUCGGCAACGAGAAGUUCACCAUGCAGAACCUGAACGACCGCCUGGCCGCCUACCUGGCCAAGGUGGCGGCGCUGGAGAAGGCUAACGCUGAGUUGGAGUUGAAGAUCAGGCAGUUUGUGGAGAACAAGGUUGGACCCAGCACCAGGGACUACAGUCACUAUUUUGAAGUCAUCGCAGAACUGCAGGACAAGAUUAAGGAUGCCAUUAUCCUCAAAGGUAAUGUCAUGCUAAGCAUCGACAACGCCAGUCUGGCUCAGGACGACUUCAGACUCAAGUAUGACAAUGAGAUGUCAAUGCGUCAGUCAGUGGAAGCCGACAUCGCCGGGCUGAAGAUGUUGUUAGGAGACAUGGGUGUGGCCAAGAAGGACCUGGACAUGCAGAUUGUCAGCCUGAAGGAUGAGCUCGAGUCCAUGAAGAAGAACCAUGAAGAGGACUUGCUAGCCAUGAAAAAUCAGAUGAGCGGUCAGGUGAAUGUGGAGGUGGACGCCGGUCCUCAGCAGGACCUCAACCAGGUCCUAGAAGAAGUGAGGGAACACUACGAGGCCAUGAACGCCAAGACAAACAAACAGUUGGAGGCUUGGUUCCGGGAAAAGUCGGAGGAGCUCAAUAAGGAGGUGGCAAAUGUGGAGAUGACGAUACAAUCGACGACCUCGGAGGUGAAGGAGGUGAAGAAGCAGCUUCAGGCUCUGGAAAUUGAGCUCCAGUCACAGCUCAGCAUGAAAGCGGCCAGUGAAGCCUCACUGGCUGACAUCCAGAACCGCUACGCCAUGCAGUUGCAAUCAUACCAGAUGCAGGUGACCAGUAUGGAGGAGCAGCUGGUGCAGUUGAGGGCCGACCUGGAGAGACAGGGACAGGAGUACCAGAUGCUGCUGGACAUCAAGUGCAGACUGGAGAUGGAGAUCGCGGAGUACAGGAGGCUGCUGGACGGAGAGGGCAGCGGAUCUUCAGGUGGUUCUCUCUCUUCCUCCACCACCACCACAACCGUCAAGGUCAUCGAGGAGACCAUCUGAGACCAAACACACAUCUGUCUGACCCGGAGAGGAGCCAAAUCUCAAUGCAUCCACUCAGAAACGUAAUGAAGAGUGUCUCUCCUCUUCAUCUGGCUGCUGUUUUGUCACUUCACACUCAUUUUCUGCUUUAACUAAAACCAUAAUCAGUCAAAAUAUCAUGAAUUUGUGAGGGAAAAUCACAUAUGAUUGAUAGUUUGGGUUGGGAACAACUUAACUGCUAACAAAUCUGUCUGCUGCCUCAAGAAAUAAAACUAAAGUCACCAAA